AUGAGUGAGAAUAAUGAAAAGGUCCCUAGAUAUAUGUCUCAACUUCUGGAAGAGCUUGGUUGGGGACAGGGAACUAGAAUUCCCUUAGCUGAUCCUGAUAACCAAAGCUUAGAAACUGUUCUUAUUGACAGACAAAAUGAGAUACAAUGUUUGAAAGAAGCUCUAAUUUUACAAAAUCAAAAACGCGAUGACCUCAAUAAGUAUAAGAAUUUCGUUCAUACUGAGUAUCAGGAGAAUACUCGCUUACUAUUUGCACAUAAACAACAACUAGAACAAGAAAUAAAACUUCAACAAUUAUCCUUUAAUGAAGCAGAGAGAUUGGAGAGAGAUGUAGUUGAUUGUAACAAACAAAACAAUUCCAUUUCUUCUCGUAUAGAGAAACUUCAAAAUAAUAUUGCCAAAUUACUGAAAAAGGCUGAUUCAUUGAAAAGUGAAGUAUGUGGAGAACGUGGGGCACUGCAGGAAUGGAGAGCAGCUCUAGAGAGGAGUGCGGGAGACAUAACAGCCAUCGAGCAGUUUACUAAACAAGAUUUUUCUAAAGCAAAAGCUCUAGAGACAAAAAGGCAGAAACUGAAAGUUGAACAUGACCAAAUGCAAGAACGUCUCAAUCAACUUGUUUCUAAUCUUAGUGCUGAAGAAAGAGCUUGUGAAAGAAUUUCUAUUCAGGUCAUUGAGGGUAUGGAGCAGCGAAAGCAAAUGAUGAAUAUGUGGACUAGUGCAGUAGAAAAUUUACGGCAGCGUGAUAAUGAUAUUCGUCAUAUUAGAGAGGACUACGCAGUGCUAGAAGCGGAAGCGCAAUCUCUGGCGGAGCAGUGUCGCGAGCAGCAGAGCUUCUGCGCGCAGCAGCGCGGCAACAACGCGGACGCGCAGCGCGACUGCCUGCAGCUGGCGCAGCGCCUCGCGCAGACACGCCUUGCGCAGCAGCACGCGCAGGAACAGAACGUCGGCCUCGAUAGUGAGGCCCACAGCCUACAGCGUGAGCUCAGCAACAUCCGUGUGGCGCUAGAGAGACUUCACAUGGAGAAUCGGCAACUACUUGACGAUCAGCAUAAGAAAGAUUUAGCAUUGAAUGCACUAAAUUCCAAGAUAAAAGAGUUGAAGGAGAAACUAGUGGAUUCAACAGACAAAUCAAAAUGUUCAGAGAAACGAGCCAAGGAGCUGGAAGAUAUGUUGAAUGAAGAGGAGCGCUACGCGAGCCAGCUGACGGUGAACCAGCAACGCGCCAUGCACUGCUCCUUCGUGGAGCAACAGAAGCUGCUCAGUCUCAAGAACGAGGAGAAACUGUUCCACAUGCAGCUUAAAUCGUCUAAAGCCUGCAUGAGCAAGCUGGAUACCAAACAGGAGGGAGUAGAAAGAAAUCUUCAAAGUCAAAAGGAAUCACUAUAUGCAAUUUGUUAUCAAGUGGAGACAACCGGCGCUCGUGUAGCGCACAUGGAGGGCGCGCAGGCUGAGCGGGAGUGCUCCGCCGAGCUGGCGGCCAGGGAAGAGAGGUUGAACGCGGUGCGCGCGCGCCACGCGGCCCGCGCCGCCGUGCUCGAGCGCCACGCCAACAAGCUGCACGACGACAUGCGGCGCCUCACACGCGACUUGGAGCUGCUCGGAGAGGACCAUAAAAGACUGCAAAGCCGUUUAAAAACAUCAAUGCUGAACGUGGAGGGCGGCGAUAAGGAGACGCGGCAGCAGCGCGACGCGUGGCGCCGCCGCCGCGUGGACGAGGCGCUGCUGCGCCUGCGCGUGGCGCACGCGGCGCGCGCGCUGGCCGGCCUCGGCGACGCCGCCUACACGCUCGACGCGCAGCGCCUGCAGGUGGACGCGGCGAUGAACGAGCGGCUGGUGGAGAUCAACGCGCGCCGCGACAUGUUCGCGGUGCAGCGGCGCGCGCUGCUCGAGCAGUGUGGCCGGCUGCGUGCAGGCGUGCGCGAGCGCGAGCAGCGGGUCCUGCAACUCGUUAAGAGAUAUGAUAUAUUCAUUGCUUCACUGGGCAAAGAUGAAGCGGGUCAACAAUUGUCGGUGACGUUUUUCAAAAUAAAGUUCGCAGCGGAGCGCGCGGAGCUGAGGUCGCGCGGCGCGGCGCUGGACGCGGACAUCGGGCGGCGCGAGCGCGACGUGCGCGCGCUGGAGGCCGCGCUGCGCGUGCUGCACGCCGCGCACGACCGCUUCCUUCGCCGCAUCGCGCCGCUGCCCACCGACGCUCCUGAAAUAGAAGAAAUAGACGAACUGAGUCGCCAGUACUACGCGAAGCGGGACGAGUUGAAGGAGCUAAACGCUAAAAUAGCUGAAAUCGAAGAGUCAAUAGAUGAGUUCAGCUCUCAACUCACUACUCUGAAUGAUAAAUACAAGCAACUGUCACUUAGAGAAUCUGAAUGUGAAAACGAUAUAGAAAACAUCAGAGAAAGAAUAGAAAAGCAAGAAAGUCGGCUUCAAAAGGCACGUGAGGUUGUUAGAGUAAAUGCACGACGCGCUAAGAAGCUCAUAGAGGGUGCCGAUGACUGGCGCAUAUUCCAGAUGUCGCUGCACAUCCGCGACUACGGCGAGGCGGCGGCGGGCGCGGCGGCGGCGCUGGGCGCGCUGGCGGCGCGCGGCGGCGCGGCGGCGGCGCGCGCGGCUGCGCUGCUGGCGGCCGCGGGCCUCGCGCGCCUGCUCGCGCCCGCGCAGCGCCGCCUCGCGCUCCGGCUGCAGAGGAUCAUAACAGACGCAAGCUCCCUGUCGAAAGAAUCAAAAGAAUCAAUUGCUGACGUCGAUGAGAGUGAACUCUCUGUGUCAUCGUCGUCGAGCGGCAGCGGCGCGAGCGCGGCAUCGGGCGCCGGCCGCCGCCUGGCCGCGCUGCGCCGCCGCCUCGCGCCGCGCCUGCGCGAGCCCGCGCUGGUCGACGAUAUCCGUGAACAAGCACGGCGGUCAACAAUUUCGCUGCGUGUCAUCUCGCUGGGGCUGGACGAGGCCGCGCCGACGCUGCCGCCCUCCAACGCCGCGCGCAAGUCCUUGAGA